GCUUCAAUGUUGCGGGCAGCGUGGAAUCAGAGCGCGCGAGCGUAUGGGAGGAGAGCGUGCACGAAUGAGCUAUUGGGGUUCCCAAAUAACGGGAACAGGCAGACAGACCAAAACACGCAGGCGGAUGGACGGAAAUAUAGGCAAGUGAUCUUAAAAACCAGCGACGUAACGAGCGCUUUUCCCCCUGAUGUUUUCGUGCUUUAUUUGUUUGUUUGCCUUCUUUAGUCAUGUAUCGAUUGAUUGCGUUUUAAUUACUGGCGUGUGACAAGGUGCGUGGGAGGAGGGGCGAAUCCGGCGAACACGUUGAGUUGCCUUAUUUUUCUAUAGCUAGGUUUUUAAUUUAAACGAGCAAAAAUAAGCAGACGCUUUUAACCACGUUUAGUGACUUUGUGUAAAUGAAUGUGUAGCCUGUAGCUGCUAGAACAAGGAAGAGAGCUAUAGAAGAGCUAGACCAAAUAAAUUCACCAAAAUAAUGCACCACAUAUCCAAGUAAUAACAAUAUCCGCUGUCUUUUGUACGUUAUACAGUCAGGGUGUGAAGUCGUCUUUUUCUUUAUUAGAACAAAUGCAGAAGCGUCAGUUUAUUUCACAAGCAGAUAACCAAAGUUAAAGCGACUGCGACCACGGGGAUAAGCAGCAGGCCAGCGGAACAUACAGUGGUCAGUGUCGACAAGGACAGAAACACUUCAGUUUACAACGGGAGAUAUGCAUUUAUACACGUUCGCGAACAUAGUAAAUAUAUGCCUUUGACUGACAGAUACAUAUAUGAACAGUUAUACCAAAUACCGUAGCUGAAUACCAAAACGAACAGACAAACGUGAAAGUAAUAGUAAGAUAAGCCACGUUUGUCUUGUUUUAAUCCGUCUAUCCGCCUGGGUGCGCGCACUGGGAAAAUACAGUCGGGCAGCGCGCGUCUGCGUAUCUAUGCAUGUAGAUCAAAAGUAACUACAAGCGAAAAAUUAAAGGUUUUUAUUUAAAAAAUAUGUAACUGGGAAAGCUACGUAUAAACGCAAUUUUAUGUAUAACCUCUAUUGUAUUGGAUCACGGAACCAAAGUGAGAAAACGCAUAUCUUGCCACUAAAAUUGCAAAGAAAAAUCAACAGCAAAAAAGAACAUCUGAAAAGAACCAGACAAGAAGACGGAUCAUGUUUGUUCCUUUGCCGGUGCCGUUUGUCUUGCCUAGAACUGCCUCUGAUCUCCACGCCUGGCGCCUGAAGUCCCCGCUGGCUCUCCGCUCUCACUCCGAUAUAAGAAUGUCAAAGCCAAUAGAGGUUGAGAAUCCAGCAGCAGACUCUCCGAUGGAGAGUACAGACUCUGAAAGAAAUGGCUCAGAUUCAAAUAAUCAGGUUCAGGCAAUGAAAAUCAACCCUUUCUCUCUUUCUCCCACACUGAGCAGCAGCACCAAGACUAAGGUGGAGGAUUGUGGUGAGAUGUCUCCUGCUGCUGUACAAACUACACCCGCUCAGACGGCCCUUUCCCACACACAGCUGAUGCUAACGGGUGGUCAGCUCGCAGGGUUGACUGCACUUUUGCCAGCACAGCAACAGCUGCUCUUACAGCAGGCGCAGCUCCUCGCUGCAGCUGUGCAGCAGUCGCAUGCGGCCCACGCGGCCAAUCAACAGCAAGCCCAGCAGCAGGCCAGUCAGCAGGCAGCUCAGCCGCAGUCGCAGGGCCAAUCGCAGAGCACACAGGAACAAACCGCCGCCCCUGUCCCGCCUCCUCCUCACCAGCUUCCUCUUUCUCAGCCAAUCCAGCUCACUGCGCAGGACAUUCAGCAGUUGUUGCAGCUGCAGCAGUUAGUUCUUGUUCCAGGACACACUCUGCCUUCACCCGCACAGUUUCUUUUACCACAAACACAGCAAGGGCAGCAAGGGCUGCUAUCAACGCCAAAUCUAAUUCCACUACCUCAGCAAAACCAAGGAAGCCUGCUGGCCGCUCCACCCAGACUUAGUCUUCAAGCACAGGUACAACGGCUGAUGAAAGACCACAUAUUCAGAGAGAAGGUUGCAGAGAGCAGCGUGAACACAGUGACUCCGGUGACCUCUCAUCCCGAGGAGCCCAGCGAUCUGGAGGAACUGGAGCAAUUUGCCCGCACAUUCAAACAGAGAAGGAUCAAACUGGGCUUCACACAGGGUGAUGUGGGAUUGGCCAUGGGGAAGCUCUAUGGGAAUGAUUUCAGUCAGACCACUAUCUCUCGAUUUGAGGCGCUCAAUCUCAGCUUCAAGAACAUGUGCAAACUCAAACCUCUGUUGGAGAAAUGGCUGACUGAUGCAGAAACAAUGUCGAUGGACAGCACCUUGCCAAGUCCCAGUGCUCUUUCCUCUCCCUCGCUGGGGUUCGAGGGCUUGCCUGGCCGCCGUAGGAAGAAACGCACCAGCAUUGAGACCAACGUCCGCGUCGCUCUGGAACGCAGCUUCAUCACGAACCAGAAGCCUACCUCAGAGGAGAUCCUGCUCAUCGCAGAGAAGCUCAGCAUGGAGAAGGAGGUGAUCCGCGUCUGGUUCUGCAACCGCCGACAGAAAGAGAAACGUAUUAACCCCUCCAGUGCCACCCCUCCCUUGCCCAGCCAACCCCAGCCCACCUCGCACAAACCCCCCUGCUACAGCCCGCACAUGAUGUCCAGUCAGGGACCAUCGCAGACAGUGACCAGUCUCGGUACAGCAGGUAGGGUGUUGACCACUAUGUCAUCAGUUUGCCCUUUGACCCCAAGCGGCCCCUCCUUAAGCUCUGCACCAUCUCCUGUAACCCCGCCUCCCCGCAGUGAUGCCAGCCCCGCCCCGCCAACUCACAGUACACUAAGUCUGAACACAGGUUCAUGGCAUAAAAAGAAUGGUGACGUUUCUAACUACAUCACUGACUUUGCUGCAAGUUUGAGGAAUACGGUGAGGGGAGUUAACACAGGAAUGAACCAAGCUCUUCUUGGCAGCAACCCACUUGCUACUAUCCAAGCUCUGGCAGCCAGUGGUGGCCAGCUGCCCAUUUCCAGUCUUGAGGGCAGCAGCAAGGUGUUAAUUGGUGGUUCUGGAGGCCAAGGAGCAGGUCUCCCCUCUUCCCUCUUCCUUAACCACUCCUCUUUGUUGCCUAUGGCAGCAGGCACUGGCAUGGGAUUGGCCGGUUCAGCUCUUGCCAAAACCUCAUUUCCCGUCACAGGCGGCAUGAGUCCCUCCCCUUGCUCGAGCCCCGUCUCUUCCUGCUCUUCCGGUGAAUUGCUACACAGCCCACACUCGAUCGGAGGGGCGAAAAUCGAGUGACGUUGCCCAAAGCCAAUCACAGGAGGAGGAGGAGGAGAAGGAGGAGAUGGAACCUUACCUGUCAACCAAAGCAUCUCUUGAUCCCCUCGCUCCCUUCAGUUUCCUCUCAUUCGCACUCUCUCUCUUCCGCUCUCCCGCUCUACUGAUGCCAAAAAUAUACAGAGUAGAAGAGGGGAGAGAUGGAGAGACGGAGUGGAAGGAGGAAGGAAGAGGAGAGGAGGGAAAACGAAACCAAAAAAACACCACGCGGUUUAGCGGGACGCAGCCAAAUAUAUAAAAGGAGAACAAAAAAACUAUGUAGUGCAGUGAGAAGAGGACACAAAGAGAUCCUUAAGCACCAAAAACAACAAACUUUACUGUGUGUAAUAGAACAAUUGCAGCUCUUUGAAGCAAACACGUGGAGAAUACCAAAAAGUAUAAAAGAACUUUGAGAGACUCACUAUGACAAAAAAAAAAUACAAGCAUACCAAAUCUCAAAUACCAAAAACAAACACCAAAAAUACGGAUGGAAAAGCUUUAUCCAAAGGACCUGUAAAUAGCCAACCGUCCAGGACCAGACCAGUGACAACAAUCCAUCCAUCUCAGAGCUCAUCAUCAUACCUACCACGCAAUCACAUCAUUUUCCUUCAUGUUUUUUAUGAUUUAAUGUGAAAUGAGCCAGUUCUCUCAUUAUUGCCUGUUUUAGUAGCACAUUCCAUCUGUCUUUAUUGAAUGUUUUAGCACGUACGAUCAUCAUCAUCAUCAUUCCAUGUCUUAUCGAGCAUCUAGAGAGGACUGGGUGUUUGGUCUUUGAUGUUCAUCAUAUUAGCGCUUCAUAGCUUGAUGCACUUGUUUGUCCGAUGACAUGAAUGCUGUAAAGUGUAAUAAAAGUAAGACCAAGCUCCUCUCUAGCUUUCACGCCUCUAGUUAAGUGUAAAUACUCUCAGCUGAUAAUUAAGUGCUUGUAUCCUUCCUCAUUCCAUUUCAUGCCUCCCUCGCUCACUUUCUCCCUUUUGAAUACCAAAGCGAUUCAUACAUACACGUUCGGUUCAUCGGGGGCCUGAACCUUGACAAGGCCGCUCUGAAACAUGUGGGAUCUGAAGGGGCUCUCUGCUUCUUCUCCAAGCCAAAAAAUGAAACGAAACUUCACAGCCAGCUAAACUUCCCAGAAAGGAAAACCAAAAACAAACCAAGCCAAAAAAAAAAAAAAAAAAAUGGAGGAGCCUGUACAGAAAAAGAGUAUCCCUUCACGCAUCUCUGGACCGAGGUCACCCAGAACCAUGUAGCAAGGGAUCCGCCUCCGCCUCCUGUCAUUCAAACUCUUCCUGGUCCUGGGUGGCGGGAUCUUUGAUGACCUCACUGGACUCAUCUGAAGAAGAUGUUUCGGGUUCAUUUGGGGGUUGGGAGGGUUGUUACUUUUGGUCUUUCGUUGCGUCUGUCUGUUUUGUGGGACUUUUCUCGGCCGUGUGUGUAGAUUUGUGUGCUUUCGUUUGGGGAAAAGGUAUUCACGUAUUUGCAGAGAUCUCAUUUUUUUUACGUUCCUUACUUGUUCCUAUCUAGUUGUGUUAGAGACUCUAAUCAGGUGGUUGAAACAAUACUGUGAAAAUUCAGUUCAACAGAUUAAGAAACCAGGAUAAACACGCUCAAGUACAUCCAAAGAACCAAAGUCGAGUAUAAACAAGCUUUAAAGAGAACCAAAUAUCACAUACGCAACAACUUACACGCUCUCAUCCACCUUACCGUUGUAUUUAUAUCGUGCUGAAAUCUGUAGUCGGCGAGCGCUGCAGAUUCAACGAGGGAUGGAUACGUGAACUCAGUUCUCUACGUUACCGUAUAGUCCGAAUGGGUCAGUUAGUGCUUCUAUAGAUUUUGUAGUAAAUGAUCUAUGUCAUAAUGCUUACUAAUUGCUAAUGUAUGGAAGAAAAACAUGUGAAAAGAUAAAAAAAUGUCGAUAUUUACUUAGACCAAAAAUUCACACUAUCUCUCUUUCGGGUUUUUUGUGUUUUCUGCCUCCCCCCUUUUAAAAAUCUGAUUUCUCUAUUUAUUCUCCUCUUGCUCCUUUGUGAUUUUUCUUAAAAAAAAAAACUUUUUUUAUUAUUAAUGUUAUUAUUUAUUUAAUAUAUUCCAAAUGCUGUUUUGUAGUUGGUGUGUUUGAGGCACCAGAUUGUAUUCAAAUGUAAACUUCCUUUGCCAAGGCGACCUUUCAAACCAAAUCCAUCGACAAAUGCAACCGUCGGUCCUGACGGACCGGCCGCUAAUCGACAGCGUAGGGGCGGACACUUGUCUUCUCGACCUCUUAGCUGUCCCUUACUGGACAGAGCCUGUGGGGGGGAAACCUAUCAGGGGAUAAAGCAGCACUGUGUUUCUUCUGCUCAAAUGUUUCGGUAGCUGAAGUAACCUUCCAGAGCAAAAGCACGCACUGCCAUGGCUUAGAAGGGAUACGGUUCUACAGGAACGUGCGUUG